CAACAAUCAAUGAACCACCAAUAUUUCCUAUGUUUGCUAGUAAAACAACAAAAAUUAAAACUCCUAUUCAAGCAUCAUCAACAUUAACUCCCAUGCCAAUACCAAUGUCAACAUUCUAUCCUUAUCUAUUUCCCUUUUAUAAUUAUAAUUCUUCUCCUAAAUUUUCUUCACCUUAUCUCCCUUCAGUUUCUAAUCAUAAUAAUUCUCAAAUAAUUAAUACAUUUAUACCAACAAUUCAAAAAUUUUAG